AUGCCUUUCUUAUGUCGUAUAUAUAGAGAAACUAAUUCCAUUAUACACGAUUGACAAUGCUAAUUUUCUUCAUCGUCGUACCUUGUGGAUAUUAAAGGUUGUCAAAAUUCCCUCUGGUCUGGUGGUGUCUUCUUUUCUUUCCAAGAACCUGGAUUUUCUCCUACAAAACUAAUUUUGAAAAGCUAAAAUGGUUGAGGGCGGAAUUUCAAAAGCAGAUAAAACAGAAUUCACAGAAUGCUGGCGGACGUCAUGGAAGACACCAUACAUCAUGAGACUGGCCUUAUCAGCAGGCAUUGGAGGGCUCCUGUUUGGCUACGACACAGGAAACCAUAGUAAGCAUGGCUGUAGCAGGAGCCAUCAUCGGUGCUGCAUUUGGUGGAUGGAUUAAUGACAGGUUUGGUCGGAAGAUAUCAAUUUUAGUCGCUGAUUUCCUAUUCUUCGUUGGCGCAACAGUUAUGGCAGUUUCACCAGCUCCAUGGAUGCUUAUUAUUGGAAGAAUACUUGUGGGUUUAGGGGUUGGAAUGGCAUCCAUGACAGCGCCUCUCUACAUUUCAGAAGCUUCGCCUCAUAGAAUUAGAGGUGCACUUGUGAGCACUAAUGGUUUGCUAAUCACAGGAGGCCAGUUUCUGUCAUAUCUUAUCAAUCUAGCUUUCACACAAGUCCAUGGAACCUGGCGUUGGAUGCUUGGUGUUGCAGGAAUUCCAGCCCUCGUUCAAUUUGUACUGAUGAUGUCCCUCCCCGAGUCUCCUAGAUGGCUUUACCGAAAGGGUAAGAUUGAUGAGGCCAGGUCCAUAUUGGGGAAAAUCUAUCCUGAUGAAGAAGUUGAAGACGAAAUGCAAGCCCUGAACAAAUCAAUUGAAGAAGAAAAGGCCGAGGAAGGUUCCAUUGGAGAAGGUGGUAUGAUUGAAAAACUAAGGAAAGCUUGGAGCAAUGAUGUAGUUCGGAGAGGGCUCUACGCUGGUAUUGCUGUUCAAGUGGCUCAACAAUUUGUUGGUAUAAACACUGUCAUGUAUUAUAGUCCAACCAUUAUCCAAUUUGCUGGAAUUGCUUCAAACCAGACAGCUUUAGCACUCUCUCUUGUCACUUCUGGUCUUAAUGCUAUUGGCUCUAUCGUUAGUAUGUGUUUUGUAGAUAGAUAUGGGAGGAGGAGAUUGAUGAUUAUCUCUAUGUUUGGGAUAAUCUGUUGCCUUGUGGUGUUAGCUGGGGUGUUUUACCAAGCAUCCACCACGGCCCCGGGUAUCAGUAAAAUUGAAUCCGCCCACUUUGGUGCCAACUCUACAUGUUCGGCUUAUGUGCAGGCUCCAGAUGCAUCAUCUUGGAAUUGCAUGACAUGCUUGCAGAAAGCAACAGAUUGUGCAUAUUGUUCAAAUGGAGACAACCGAGUAAGCUCAACCUUUACACUUGAACGUCUUAUACACUACACUACCAAAUACGGAAUUAUCCUAUAA